AUGGGGUUUUCCUUAAGAAGCUUCAACUCCCAUAAUGCAUUUCUUCUGAAUAGUUUUAUAGUACUCAUCAUUUCAUCAAUAUUUUCUGUCGAACACAUAUAUGCCGCGAUUGUUAAGGCAGGCAGCUGCGACUUUUAUCAAGGAAGUUGGGUAUUUGAUGAAUCAUAUCCUUUAUAUGAUACAUCUCGAUGUCCAUUCAUCCCUGAAGGUGUCAAUUGUGUAGCUAAUGGGAGACCAAACAAUGAUUAUCUCAAGUACAGAUGGAUCCCAACCGGAUGUGAUGCACCUAAGUUUGAUGUCCUAGAUUUCGUCAAGAGAUUUAAGGGAAAAAAGAUCAUGUUCAUUGGUGACUCAAUUAGUAACAACCAAUGGGUGUCUUUUAUUUGUAUGAUUUAUGCAGCUAACCCGAAUGCAAAAUUCAGUCACUUUUACAGCCAGGAAAUGUCGUCAGUGUCUUCAGUUAAUUUCACCGAUCCUGAAUAUGACGUGUCUAUACUUUUUAAUUUCAAACCAUACCUUGUUGAGCUGGAGGAAACACCGGAACGGGUUUUAAAGAUCGACACCAUUAGCACUGGUGAUGUAUGGAAAGAAGUUGAUGUUGUGAUCUUCAACACUUGGCAUUGGUGGUUCCACACAGGAAGAUUACAACAUUGGGAUAAAGUUCAAGAAGGAAACAAGACAUACCCAGAUAUAGAUGAUCGUAUGACUGCUUUCGCAAAAGGAUUAACUACUUGGUCAACAUGGGUUGACAAAAAUAUUAACCCCAAGAAAACUCAAGUUUUCUAUCAAGGAAUUUCUCCUUCUCAUAUGAGGGGCAAGGAAUGGGGUUAUCCAAAUACGACUUGCGCAGAUCACACGACACCGUUUAAUGGUACUACAUAUGCUGGAGCUCCAGAACCUGGAGUGGCUGUACUCAAGGAAGCAUUGAGUAAGAUGUCGACUCCUGUUACUUUUUUGGACGUGACAACCAUGUCACAACUAAGAAAAGAUGCUCAUCCAUCACAUUACGCUAACAAAGCUCGGACGUCUCGCGAUUGUAGCCAUUGGUGUUUGGCCGGUGUACCAGAUACAUGGAACCGCAUUCUUUAUGCAUCUAUUGUUCCGGAAUUAGGAAAUAUAUCCUUUGGUCCAUAGUUGUUUUGGAAUAUGAAAAUCCUACUCGGAAACCAAAAUCAUCACUAGAAGCAUCUAUAGAAAAUUCAAUUGUUUUACCAGCUUGUAAACAAAUCAUUAAAAAGUGAAAAUCGAAACCAACAAGCCUUAGAUACACACUGAACAAAAAAAUUAGUGAAUGGUGGCGAGAAAAAGUUCGAAGAACUAGCUUGAACACAAGAACUAGACGAAAAGUAUACUUUUACAUAUGAUCCAACUGUAUGUAUAUGUUGUAUUGAAAAAGGAAAAAAAAAACUAUGGUUUUGUUAUAUUCAUAAAUUUAUCACUCAUUUAAAUAUGCAAUUACUUUUUACAGUGCCAAUUACUAUUUACAGUACCAGCACUGUGUAUAUACGGAAAAACACAGGUCCGAUUUUAUUCACCCCAAGCAAACUGAAAACCACUAUUAGAACUUUGUUAUUUACCGGCAUAGAUAGGAACGCCAAAAUUGGGGUACGCAAUGUGGAAGGUGAUGCGAAGUCUCCAAAACUUGGCCACAAAUAAAUGGUUCAUUCAUAACAUAAAAAAAGUUGUGGUAGAACUGUGGAAAGGGUAGUGGGUGCCUAAAUCAUGCCUCCCACCUCCUCAGAAGUUCAGUAGUCAUUUCAUUCUUGCCUUCUUUCAGUGGUGAAUGGCCUGAAUGAGAAAGGGCCCUCACCUAUCGACCUUUCAAGUACAUCUUUAAAUGGGAGGACGUUUGUCACUACAUGUCAUGUGCAUUGAGACCUUUAAAAAUGAACACAUCUUCUUUCUUUAACGAGUCUCAAAUCCCAGUGAAAUGUUCCUUUGUCUUUGUUUUUUCAGUCCAAAGAUUUUUCAAUUAAUUAUUCAAUAAAUCCUUAUCCACAUUUAGCUAAUUGAGACACGUUACAUCUGUUUGCCAGUGUUAAAUACCUUGCAUUUCAUUUCGUUCAUUUGUAUGGAAAUGUAAUCCAAACCGUAGAUGAUAUGCAUUGUGGAGAGCUCAAAACUGUAUGCGCACAAUUCAUAUAAAAGACUAGCAGAUCUGCUCCUUGACUCCUUUCUGAGAACCACAACUUGCAUACCCGGCAUUCAUAAACAGGUACAUUGUGAAGCUAUGUUGUAAAAGACGCUGAGCAAGGCGAGGCGUCAAGCCCAUCACCUCGCCUAGCGCUUAAGCCCUUAGGAAACUUUUUUUUUCCAGGCACCACAGGCACUCACCUUUUACAACAUAGUUGUGAAUGCAUCAUUGAUAAGGUACAAUCAAUAAUGCAUCACAAGUGAAUAGUGAGAACCAAUGGUUUACACUGAGUAACGACGGAAAUAUCCCCAGUUCAGUGUAACUGUACUCUAUUUAUUCUUAUUCUCCAAAAACUGCAUACUUUGGUCAAUUAUUUUCAAGCGCCAUAUACUGACCAUAAAACUUUAUUGUUGUUUUCGUUAUUUUGUUUCUAUGAUCCAUUUUAAAGUGUAGUUGGUUUUUGUUAGUGGUGUGGCCCCUUAGCGUCUUCUAUCCAUUCUUUGAAGGCCGGGAUGCUACUUUGUAGAACCUAAGAUUUUGUUUUGUUCCCCAUAGCGCUCGGAUAGGUUAGAUAUGUAGAGCAUAGAUAAUGGAGACUCAUUGUCUUAUUCCGUUAGCUCAUUCAUAUGAUAAACAAUUUUGAUCUCUUAAAUCUCUUUCUAAAUCCAUCAAUUCAAUGUCUCCUCUAAUAAGUAUCUUCGGUCACAUCUCUGCCUAUGCAAAUUCCCAGUACACAGUAGCUUUCUUCUCUGUGUUAUGGUCACUCGCCACAACUAGCUCGACAUCUAUCCCUUACCAUACUAACCAGUUCAUUCUCAAAAGUGAACUGUUUACAAAAAAUAUCAUAUGAAUUCAUUCUACAAAAUGAAUUCUUGGGUUUAAGUAACAUGCGAGAUAUGAACAUCUAUCACAAUUAGUUCAUCAUACAAAAUGAUCUCGUAUAAUGAACUAUUACCAUCAGGAGUUCUUUCUACAAUAUGAACAUCUAUCACAAUUAGCAAAUUAACUCGUCCUGUUGGGUUUUUUU